AUGAAAGAAAAAAAUGAAACAGAUGGAAUCUGUUUUAUUUAGAUUACACACUUUGUAAAAACCAAAUUUUAUUAAAGUCAAUAAAAUCUACAGUAUAAACUAUAAUAUACAAGUAUUAUGAUAUAUUAUUAUACAUUAAAUUAAAAGGCCAUAUGGAUUAGACUAAUCAGAAUUGAAAACGCGAAACAGUAUUAAAAAUCCAAUAAUUUGAUAAUAAUAUAAUUCAAAAACUAUUUGUAAGAUUUGAAAAGGAAUUUCGAAUUGGAUUUAAAUUCUUGUGCAUAUUCAUAGAAUUAUAUUUAUAGUCUGUUUCAAAAUUCAAUGCUGUAGAAUCUACUCAACUUAAUAAUUUAAAUCAUAAUUAAAGAAUCAUAUAAAAAAUAUUGUCUCUUGAUGAAUUGUAAUAAAAUGGGAAUGACUUGCAAUAUUAGGAAUGAAAUUAUAUGCAUAUCUCAAUUGUUAGCUCAAUUUUUAGAAUAGUUAAUGUGA